AUGUUACAGCAAAAAAACCACAAACGUCGCCGGAAAACUAGUACAGUUCAGUCGGGGUUGCUCAAUGCCUCCAACAUCGACAGCCAAUACAACUCAACAAUCACAAUGUCUAACAAGCAAAACCGAAGGCAAAACAAUAUGCGUGAAAUAUUGUCUCGUCAGUUUAUGCAACAAUCAGGACAUAAGCGAUGGCGCACAGGCAAUAACACUCAAUCGAAUGACAUUCGUCGUCUACUACCAUUUGGUUCUGAUAGUUCUUCAUCAUAUGAAUAUGAACAUCGAUCUGAACGACAACUUCAUGAUGCUUAUGUAAUCGAUGUUACACGUGCAAAUCGUUACGAACAACAACAACGUCGUUCCCGUGAACCACCACCUGUACUCGAACAAUCACCACCAUCUUAUGACAGUUCAAUUGGUCAAACACGAAGACAACAAAUCCCAUUCCAAUUACCUGUUCGUACAACAACAAAUACUCAUCAACCUUUGUCUACUAUAACUCCAUCUGUCUAUUCAGCAAUGCCUCCAUCUUACGCUGAGAUAUUUUUAAAACCUCAGACAACACCAAACGAAUGA